UUAAGCAUCUAGGGCUCUCUGGUGGGUGGGUCUCAAUAUAUAGAUUUACUUUGUUUAACAGUAGUAUCUAUGAUUAGUUAUUAAUGUGUCUUAACAAAGAAGUGAUCAAGUUUCUCUUCUUGUAAACAUAGAAGUGAGGAGGAAGUAAUAUUAUGCAGAAAAAAAAGCUGCAGAGUGUGUUGGGAAAUGGUGAGAUCAGAGUUGAAAAAGCAGAGCAACAACAACCAUGUGAAUGUGAUUGUGAUUGUGUUGAUCAAGCUUGCACUGUCAUGCCUCUUGUUGGGUCUAGCCAUCCACCUCCUCUUCUUCUUCUCUGAUUCAUCCCACAAUGAGCUUCUCCGUGCUUCAACCAACCAAACACAAACCGCCGCUAACAAUAAUGUGGAUGAACAAGAAGAAGAAGAAGAAGAAAAGUGUGAUCUUUUUGUGGGAGAUUGGGUGGCUGACCCAUCUCCCCCACUCUAUACUAAUGAAAGCUGCCUUCUCAUUGAAGAUCACCAGAACUGCAUGAGGAAUGGACGCCCUGAUUCUGAGUUCCUCUACUGGAGGUGGGCCCCACGGGCCUGUGGGCUACCCAGGUUCAGCCCAACCAAGUUCCUUCAUAUGAUGAGGGAUAAAUCAUGGGCUUUCAUUGGUGACUCCAUCUGCCGUAACCAUGUUCAGUCUCUACUCUGCAUUCUCUCCCAGAUAGAAGCAGCCCAAGAGGUGUACCAUGAUGAGGAAUUUAAAUCAAAGAUAUGGAAGUUCCCUUCUUACAACUUCACACUCUCAGUAAUAUGGACCCCGUUCCUUAUCAAAGCAGAUAUAUUCGAAGACUCAAACGGAGUUUCGUCCUCUGAAAUCCAGCUUCAUCUCGACACCCUGGAUCACAAAUGGACCAACCAAUACCACAAUUUCGACUACGUCGUCAUAGCCGGAGGCAAAUGGUUCCUCAAGACCGCAAUCUACCACGAAAACAGAACCGUCAGGGGAUGCCAUUAUUGCCCUGGAAAGAAUCUGACGGAGCUAGGAUUCGACUACGCAUACCGCAAGGCGUUGCGGCAGGUCUUCCAUUUUCUAACAAACUCUAACCAUAAAGCAACCGUUUUCUUCAGAACUACCACACCGGAUCACUUUGAGAAUGGAGAAUGGUUCAGUGGUGGUUAUUGCAAUAGAACAGUACCUUUCAAAGAGGAUCAAGUGAGGCUAAGUGACGUAGAUUCCAUCAUGCGAGGGAUUGAACUCCAAGAGCUUGAGAAGGCGACAGCGUGGGAACAUGGCGCCAGGCUGAAACUUUUGGACACGACAAGAUUGGCUUUGUUGAGGCCUGAUGGACAUCCAGGACCGUACAGACAGUUUCAUCCCUUUGCAAAUGAUAUGAAUGCGAAAAUUCAGAAUGAUUGUUUGCAUUGGUGUUUGCCGGGACCAAUUGAUUCAUGGAAUGAUAUUCUACUACAAAUGUUGCUCAAUGCCAGAUCUUAGUUUCACACAACGGACACACUCAUCCAACCAAAUUGUUUUCGUCUUGCACUUCAAAAAGAAAAACAAUUAUAUAGUGUAUUCAUGUACAAUUGACAUAAAAAAUUUACCAAAUUUAACAAGUGAAUUUCUGUGUUCCUUUAAAAAAAAUGAGUUCACCAGUCUUCAGUCCUUUUUAUUGUCACCAAACUUCAAACCUUGAAAAAGGUAAUUGUUGGGAACCCCUAUUUUUUGGUUCAAAAUC